AUGUUCAAGAAUUUGUUACUUCAAUCAUUAGAAUGUAGAGAGAAAAAUUAUUUAGCAUCAUGUGCGAGAAAAGAAAAGUUUCCAUUUUUUAAAAAUAGAAAUUACAAUAAUGAAAAUAUAAUAGUACAUAAUUAUAACUAUAAUUUAUGUAUAAAUAGGAAAUAUGGAAAUUACAAAAGAAAGAAUAUAUAUUUUAUGAAUUAUAAAGGAUUUAUAACAGUGGCAAAUAAAUAUGUGGAUUAUAAAAAAGAGUCACCUUCUGAAGAAGAAAAAUAUUAUGAGGAAGGAAAAUUAAAUAUAAAGAAUAAUAUGAACUCUAUAGAGAAAAUAUUAGAUGAAACAAAUUCAAUGAUAUAUAUAAAUGAUAUUUGUUUAAAAAUGGAUCAAAACUUAUUAAGGUGUCAAAAUUAUGAGGAUGUCCUUUCUAUUCUUGUUACACAUAGAGGUGCCUUAUUUUUACAAAAUUUGAUUACUGCAAUUCGUAUGUUGAGUGGAUUUGUAAUUGAACAAAAGAAGGAAAAAUUAGAAAAAGAUAAGUUGAAUACGAUAAGUGAUUAUACUAAAAUAUAUAUGAGGGCAGAUGAUGAGAUGGGAAAAAAUAUACCAGAUGAUAUUUCUGAUAAUAAUAAUAAUAGACAUAUUGAUGACAAUAAUAAACAAGAUUUAUCAUAUAAUAAUAAACAAGAUAUAUCAUAUAAUAAUAAACAAGAUAUAUCAUAUAAUAAUAAACAAGAUUUAUCAUAUAAUAAUAAACAAGAUAUAUCAUAUAACUACACAGGUAUUGAUAAGAUAGAAAAUAAUAUAAUUGAAAGAUAUAAAAACGUAUUUGAUAUAUUAAAUAAUAAAGCCUUAGUAGAAAGUGAAAUGAAUACUCAAGGAAAGAAAAGAAAACUUGAAGAUAUAAUCGUACUAGAUGAACGAUUUCAUCUUCUGAUUGAUGAUAUUUAUAAAAAUAGGAAACAUUUUGAUGUUUUAUCUAUUUGCCAUAUUUUGAUAUCUUUAAAAGAAUUAAAUUAUAAACAUUUCCUUUUAUUUAAUUCUUUUGUUAACCCCUUAAAAAAUUUUGAUAUAUACAUUAAAGAACAAUUUACAAAUAAUCAAAAAUUUUCUUUUAUCUGUUCGACGAUAGAAUUAUUGCUUGAAUGUUUUAACACAUAUAUAUGGGCGGGGUAUUAUAAUUUAAAUAUAUAUAACAAGUUAAUGAACUCUAUUUUGUUAAAUAAAUUUAUAUAUAUAAAUAAAAAUACAAUAUAUACACAACAUUAUGAGCAGCUAAAAAAUUACACAUAUAUGGAAUAUGAUUAUAAUAUAAAUUAUCCAAUAAAAAUAAAAGACGUGCUAAAUUUUUUUGAGAUAAAUGAAGAUUUUUAUUAUAUUGGACAUGUGAAAAAAAACAAUGAUCGUGUAUAUGACGGUAUAAAUGAAUUACAUAAUUGUGAUAAGAAUCAAAAUGAAGAAAAUAAAAUUAAUAUGAAUGAUAUAAUAAAUCAGAAUAAUUCUGAGAAACAAAUAGAUUUGAAUAUAAAUAAUAUUGAUGAUAAUAAAAAUAAUAUUGAUGAUCAUAUAAAUAAUAUUGAUGAUAAUAAAAAUAAUAUUGAUGAUCAUAUAAAUAAUAUUGAUGAUCAUAUAAAUAAUAUUGAUGAUUAUAUAAAUAAUAUUGAUGAUCAUAUAAAUAAUAUUGAUGAUCAUAUAAAUAAUAUUGAUGAUCAUAUAAAUAAUAUUGAUGAUCAUAUAAAUAAUAUUGAUGAUCAUAUAAAUAAUGUUGAUAUAAUAAAUAAAAAAGAUAAUGUUUUAAAUGUGGAUUAUAUAAAAGAAUCGAAAUCUAUAUUUUAUAGCUUGUACCCUAUAUUUUUAAGUCUUGAAUUAUUUCUGAAAAGUAUAGAAAUAUACAAAAACAUUUAUGUGUAUAAUUCCUUAUUUUUUAUGAUUGCUGAAAAGAUGGUUUAUUAUUACACUCAAUAUUUAACUCCAUCAUCCAUAAGUAUGAUAUGUGAAGCAUUUUCUAGACAUCGGAUUUUCAGUAUAGAACAUGAUAGACCUUUUUGUCAUAUAUCAAAAUUAGUUGAAAAUAAUUUUUCAAAGUUUUCUUUAGAACACUUAUAUAUCAUAUUAUCUUCAUUUAAAAAAAUGAACCUCUUUUUUGAAAGAUGUAUUAUUUUAGUAUGUAAAAAAUUUAAGAAACAUUUUUCAUCAUGUUAUAUAAGAAGACAAGAAUCUGUAUUAUCAUUAAAUAAAAUAUCAAUUUUAAUGGAAAGUAUAACUUUUUUUAAUUUUCAAAAUAAAUAUAUUGAUGACUUUAUUGUUUCCUGUGUAAAUUAUUUAGAAGACUAUAUAGAAGAUAUUGAAGAAGAAACUUCUAUAAAUAUUUCGUAUUCAUUAAUAUUAUGUAAUAUGGUUCAUAUAAAUCCAUACUUUUUUUCAUUUAUAUGGAGAAAAAUAGGGAAAACAACUUACUGGGAAAAAAGGAAAAGUCAAAUUUGUUUAUUAUGGUUAUCACAUAUGAUACAAUUUAAAUGGUUAGAAUAUGAUUUACCCAAAUUUUGUGUUUUAGAAUGUUUAAAAGUUUUUUAUUUAAAAAGAAAAGAAAAGAAAUUUUCUUAUUCAAAAAUACUUCAGAACAUCUCUAAAAUAUUAAACAAUAUGAAUAUUCAACAUGAUAUAUAUGUCGAUAUAUAUGGUCCAUAUAUAUUAGAUAUUUUAAUAAAAAAUACAAGAAAUGUCUUAAUGCUUACGCAAGAUACGACAAGAAAUGAAAUAAAUAGGGAUUUAGGUGACUUCAAAAUUAUUUUAAAUCAUUUAAAAUUAUUUGGAUAUAAAGCAAAACCUAUUAAUACCAAAUAUUUUGAUUCUCUCUGUGAUGAAAUGAAAGAAAAUUAUAUUAAGGAUAUCUUAAUGAAUUUUUAG